AUGGACCUGGAGAAGUUCUACCGAGAAGAUCAUGCCUUCUCCAAGGUCAUAAUUGGCGAUUUCAACUCCAAAAUUGGCCCAAGAAGAACGCCGGAGGAACUUCUCAUCGGGACCCACUGCCUGCAAUGGAAUGAACAGGGGAAGAGGCUCUCCGAGUUCAUCAUGACGACUAAAACCAUCCUUGGGAACUCGCAAUUGCAGAAGCCCUGCUCUCUACGCUGGACUUGGGAGUCACCCGGUGGAGGGUACCGUAAUGAAGUAGACCACAUCAUCGUCAAUAAAAGGUUCUGCCUGACGGGCGUCACUGUUGUACAGAAGUUCUAUAGGGGAUCGAACCAUCGCCUCCUCCGAAGAAGAUUUUCCUUCACAAGGAGAGAAAAGAAAGCCGCUAAGUUUAGAAAGCAAAGUCCCAGAACUAUCAUCAGCUGGGAUCUUUUCGCUACGUUAGCCGGCUUUUGGGAACAUUCCGCAAUGGACAACAUCGAGGAAUACGACCGGCUCGUUGAACACCUUCACGACUGCGUGAAGAAGGCUGACAGUUCUAAAACCACCAAGAGACGCCUGUCAUUUGGAACCCUUGAGCUGAUACGUCAGCGUGGAGCAGCACGAGCCGCAAAGAACCAAGAACUCACGUUCGUGCUCGCUAGGCAUUGCAGAGAGGCGAUAAAGGAAGACCUUAAAGAGAGAAGAGCAGAAGUGCUGGCGGAAGCUGCAGAGGCGAGGAAAAGCAUCCACUAUGCCCGCCGAGACUUCGCCAGUCGCAAGACGAGGAUGACUGCUCUUCGGAACCCAAAGGGAACAGCCACUGCAUCGAGAAGGGGGAUGGAGAAAAUCAUCUACGACUUCUACUCCGAUCUCUUCGACAACCAUGUCCACUUGCCUGCUCACCAUCUGAGGGAAGACGGACAUGUCACUCCAGAGAUUCUCCCGUCCGAAAUACGACAUGCUAUUAUGACUCCAUGCGAGCAAGCACGGUUUCGAAAAGGAUUCAGCACGAUUGACCACAUUCACACUGUUUCGAAACUCAUCGAGGUAUCGCGAGAGUACAAGAUGCUGCUCUGUCUCAUCUUUGUCGAGUUAAAGAAGGCCUUCGACUCAGUUGAGACGGAAGCGGUCGUGGAAGCCUUGGACAACCAAGACGUCCCUACUGAGUACAUAAAGGUACUUCGAGAGUUGUACAGCAACUUCACGACCGGAAUUUCGCCAUUCUACAAGAACAUCAUCAUUGACGUGAAGAGGUUGGUCCGACAGGGUGACACAAUCUCACCCAAAAUAUUCACAGCCACCCUCGAGAACGCAGUGCGAAAGUUGGAAUGGGACGACAUGGGAGUGAAGGUUGACGGUCAGCAGCUACACUAUCGGAGCUUUGCUGAUGACAUUGUAGUGAUAACACCUAGCAUCAGCCAAGCGGAACGAAUGCUGACCGAAUUCGACGAAACACGUGGGUGCAUCGAUCUUCAGCUGAAUCUCCAAAAGACGAUGUUUAUGCGCAACGGAUGGGUCCCGGAUGCCCCAUUCACGCUGAACGGAACGAACAUAUCAGAAUGCACCAGCUACGUUUAUCUGGGUCGGGAAUUGAACAUGAUUAACGACCUGAUCCCCAAGCUGGGCAGGAGGAGACGAGCGGCUUGGGGAGCGUACAAGAGCAUCGAGGAUGUAAUGAAAAAGACCAGGAACACCCGGCUCCGUACUUACCUCUUCGACGCCACCGUACUUCCUGCUUUGACUUAUGCUUCGGAAACCUGGGCAUUUCGCAAGCAGGAAGAGCGAGAAAAUUAUGAUGCUCUCCGUGUCCCACUCGAAAGGAGGAACCACUGCGCUACUCUGGCACGCGAUCGGGACAAAUGGAAGAAUUACUGGCACCCGCUCGACCAGUUCGAAGAUCAACGGGAAUCAAGGGUCACAGAGGUUUGCUGGGAAUACCGCCUCCCUCUUGUUCUAGCUUCCGUCGACUAUGAGGAGAAAGCCUUCGACAGAGUAGAAACGAAUGCAAUACUGUCAGCGCUGCUCGAUCAAGGUGUGGACGCGUCGUAUGUGAGGACAUUAGCCAGUUGCUACGAUCGAUGCACCACUAGAAUACAGCUUUUCCACCGCUCCCUCACCAUACCCAUUGGAAAGGGGGUGCGACAAGGCGAUACUAUGUUGCCGGAGCUGUUCGCGGCUGCAUUGCAAUGGAUAAUGAAAUCACUUUCCUGGGAAGAAAGGGGCAUACGUGUUGAUGGAAGAUUUCUCUCGAACCUUCGUUUCGCGGAUGACAUCGUUCUCUUUUCGAGCAGUACCAAUGAAGCAGAAACGAUGCUCAACGAAUUGAAUGAAGCAGGGAAGAGAGUAGGACUGCGAACAAACAGAAAGAAGACACAGUUCAUGAAGAACGCCUACUGCAACGACGGUGGAGUACAACUUGAAGGCUCUCUUAUCGUGGAAACUUCGUCAUACGUAUAUCUCGGACGUUCUAUGAACAUGGAAAACGACUUGAAGGAAGAACUGAAUAGAAGAAUGAGAGCAACAUGA